AUGAAAGAAAGUUUACUAAUUAAUAUUUUAUUAGUUCUGAGUGUGUUCAGUGCGGAUUUGACAGAUUAUUUCAAAAUGAAAAACUGUGAUCCAAAAUGCACACUCGAAACUCAAAAUUUCACAUUAGAAACUGCUUUUCCCAAAAAGUGUAGUACAAUUUGUGCAGAUCUGAUAAUCAAUGACCAAACUGACUUGACUGAAAAACAAAUGAAGUCUACAUUUUCAAAAAUGAAGAAUUUAAUUGGAAGACUGAUUAUAGUCAAUACACAAUUCAAAAGUGCUAGUUUUUUGGCUGGAUUGGAAUCUAUUGAAUGCGGCGGCACGGAUCUCGUAACCACCAUUGGUUUUAACGAUGAAAUGACAGAAUUAGGCCUUACUAAUUUGACCUCCAUCAGUUGCGCGGGUUUUCUAGUUAUUUCGAACUACAAAAUGAACACAUUGGGUGUUCCUAACUUAAAAAGCAUCACACUAAAUGAGUUUCAUGAUCCCAACAUCACUGCUGUAAGGAUCAUGAUUGAUCCGUUAUCUUUUGAAUUUUGUAUCACAGUUGAUGAAAUGGAGAGUUUGAUAACUUCGGAAGUGACUAAUUUGGAUGAAAUCUACGGGGUAUAUUGUGAGCCGGCUGUAACUGAGAAUUUGUGCAAAUCUCCUGAAAUAUGCUCACGAGUUUUGGGUGAUGUCGAAGUUGGUUCAAAUUCUAGUCUGGAAAAUAUGAAGUCUAUUGAAUUGAUAUUUGGCAGCCUUAUUAUCAGUGGAACCCAGCUGACCAACGUCAGCUUUCUGGAAAAUUUGAAAUACGUGGCACAGUUGGCUGAAGCAAAGUCAGCGAUAAUUGUGGAAAAUAAUCCGAAUCUUCUCAAUAUCUCCUUCCCAAAAUUAAAACGAGUGCGAUCCGACAUCAAUAGUGUUUCAGUAGUUUUUACUGAUAACAAUGAAAAUCUGAAAUUGGACGUUAGUAACUGUUAUAAGUUGAGAAAUGAUUUGGGAAUGACUACAGACUUGUCGCCGACAUUUGAUGGAGAAAGUUGUGAUUCAAUGAAUUCAAGUGCUCCAGCUGCUCCUUGCAUUGUGGUAGGAAACUCUACAUGCAAUUUCUCCACGAUGCAAAUUAAAAUGUUCCAAUCGAUUUUUGUCGUUUUUCUUGUUUUUGUGAACGUUUAUUAA